GGUCAUUUAGUGGUCUUAUAUUCUUUCUCUGUUCUUUUUUUCCUCUCUGUCCCUCUUCUUCUCUUCUUCCAUUCCAUGGCUUCUCAGGUCAUCAGAAACGCUUUUCGAAGGCAACAGAUCUCCAAAUCAUUCGUGAAAAACCCUAAUGUAACUAGGAUUCUGACAUCUCCUUUCACAACAUCAUCCGAUUCUUCUUCUUCAUCUGACGAUUCUACUCCUCCAAGUUUUCCGAUUACAGCUACUUUAUUCCCUGGUGAUGGAAUCGGACCUGAAAUUGCGGAGUCUGUAAAGAAGGUGCUUACUACAGCUGAUGUACCUAUAGAAUGGGAGGAACAUUUUGUAGGGCAAACGGUAGACCCAAGGACACAGAGUUUUCUCACGUGGGAAAGUUUGGAAUCAGUACGUAGAAAUAAAGUGGGUCUGAAAGGUCCAAUGGCCACCCCAAUUGGGAAAGGUCACAGGUCUUUGAACCUUACACUGAGGAAAGAACUUGGUCUUUAUGCUAAUGUUAGACCUUGUUACAGUCUACCUGGAUAUAAAACCCGUUAUGAUGACGUCAAUCUUGUCACCAUUCGGGAAAACACAGAAGGCGAAUACUCCGGCUUGGAGCAUCAAGUCGUCAGAGGUGUAGUUGAAAGUCUCAAGAUUAUUACUCGACAAGCAAGUCUUAGGGUGGCAGAAUAUGCCUUCCUAUAUGCGAAGACGCACGGACGCAAAAGGGUCUCGGCAAUUCAUAAAGCCAACAUUAUGAGGAAGACCGAUGGUCUUUUCCUUGAGUGUUGUCGUGAGGUUGCAAAGAAGUAUCCUGAGAUAGUUUACGAGGAAGUCAUCAUUGAUAAUUGCUGUAUGAUGCUUGUUAAAAAUCCUGCACUCUUUGAUGUACUUGUAAUGCCUAAUCUCUACGGAGAUAUCAUCAGUGAUCUUUGUGCCGGUUUGGUUGGUGGCUUAGGGUUAACUCCCAGCUGUAACAUUGGUGAGCACGGCAUAGCCCUUGCUGAGGCAGUGCAUGGUUCAGCGCCUGAUAUUGCUGGAAUGAAUAUGGCAAACCCAACAGCUCUUUUACUGAGUGCGGUUAUGAUGCUAAAGCAUUUGAAACUUACGGACAAAGCUGAUAUGAUUCAUGCUGCCAUCAUCAAGACCAUAGCAGAUGGGAAGUACCGAACAGCUGAUCUUGGUGGCUCUUCAUCAACGACAGAUUUUACAAAAGCCAUUUGUGGCAACUUGAAUUUCUAAUCUUAAAAAGUUGAGAUUAGUAUGCAGAUUAUACGAGUGACAUUGUAGAUCAUCUCCAAAUAAAUUGGCCUCCACCCACUGCCACAAUACAUUUUUUUUUUCUUCUUUUCACUUUUAAAGUUAAUAGAGGGUCAGGUGGGAUUUGAACCUGCGACCAAGUGUUGGUUCCGGCAAUGUGCAGUCCUACAAAAGAACAUGCCGCCCAAUCUUUGACACAAGGGUUGAACCUGUAACCUCGUAUUUCUUUCUCACCUCAGUGUUUUGCCGCUGCUUUGAGUAAUUUUCUACUUAACAUUGUUUUUUCUAUUGAAACUUUAAGCUGAAUGAGAAUUUUUAAAGAUUUUGGUUUGAGUGAUA